UUCAAAGCGAGAAAAAAACAGUUCUGCGCCGAACUAUGAACAACGACUGUGUUGAUUUACGAUUAAAUUUUGAAAAAUUGUGUCGCUUCUGUCUUUCCCUAGAAAAUUGUGUGCCUUUGUUCAUCAACUCAACCAUAAACGAAAUCCUGAUCGAUGCUGUUGAUGUGCUCCUGCCUAAGGUUGAUGAGCACGAUGGACUGCCCAACUGUGUUUGUGCCCGGUGCCAUCAAAGGAUGGCCGAUUUUUCCAAAUUUGAGGCAACUGCUCUGGAAGUCUACAACAAGCUGCAAAGCGUCAUAGCUUACCUUGAUGAAGAAGGGGAUGAUUGUAAUGCCGGGCCUCAGCCGAUGCUCGAGGACGAUGCCAAUGAACGGCUAAAAACGUCCCCGAAUGCAAUUGAAGAUGGUCCCGCACAAGAGAUGGAAAGUAUCGCACCGGAAGCCGAAAUUGCAGCACCAAAAACACACCCCGCAUCAAAACCCACCCGCCGCCCAAAGAAAGCUUGUCCCGUGUGCGGCAAGCUGGUGUCGCAGAUCAGCAAGCACAUGCCGGUGCACAGCAGCGCAACGAAACGCUUCGCCUGCGAGCAGUGCGACAAACGCUUUGCGCAGUUGGCCAGCUUGCGGAAGCAUCUGAAGAUACACCGGAACAUACGCAACUAUCGGUGUGAGCACUGUGGGGACAGUUUCUGCGAUCGGUCCUCGCUAAGGUAUCACCUGGCCAAGCAUCGGGGUGUGCCGGGGUUUGCGUGUGAAUUCUGUGACCGGCAGUUUUACACCUCGUCCCAGUGGAAGCAACACCAAAGCUUGGCCCACCGGGAGCGUACGUUUCGUUGUGAUGUUUGCGGGCAGGCGUUUCUGCUAAAGCACCAUCUGACGGAACAUGCUCAACUGCACACCGAUGGACGUCCGCAUGAGUGCGACGUGUGCGGUAAAGCUUUCAAGCGGGAACGAUACUUGCAUGUUCAUAAGCGACGCCGGCACUCCAUGAAAGAGGAAGGGGGGGAGUGAUGCCAUUGUUUCAUGAGGUGAAAUUGUACACUUCAAGCAGGACCUGGACCUAAACGUGGCUCUGAACUCCGCAUGUCGCGUUGCUGCCGAGAUACGUUCAUCUCCUGUCCACUCUGUAGUUAAAUGCUGUAACGGGUCAACCAGACGGGACCAGACGUAUUGGUAGGCCUAUGACCUCAUGUUGAGUAUGUUGAAGUUUGUGGAUCUAGUGAAUAUGGCGGUGGACUCAUUGGAAUAGAUCGCCAUUAUUAUGACCGUGAGCUCGAGAACCAGUACUAACAUGAAGUAAGAAGGGGUUAGCCUCUACGGUUCCGGAUGACAAAGGAUUUUAUCUGGAGGCCAUAGGUCCCAAUAAUGCAUCAAUAACGAUUAAUAGAAUAAAACACCCAGACAAUGUUCCAAACAUAAACUGCUAAUGUUUUAAGUUAAAAAAGAAAAUUAUUUGAAACAAAAAUUAAUACAGUUAAUAAAACGUGUUAAUUGAAGAACAUUUUCAAAAAAGCCAUGAAACCCUGUACGAGUGUGAUAUCGUAUACUAACACAGCUGAUCACUAGAGAUCACCUCCAUCGUCGGAUGCUCUCCUGUUAUCAAAUGCCCCGCUUUCAGGACGAUCGCGAAUGAAUUCUAUACAUACCAGUGGUCCCAAAAGGAAUGAAAGAGAGCGGAAUACUUGCAUCCUUUACCAGCCCGCCAUCACAUCACAUACACUACUAUCGAUCAACUUCCCCUCUGCAUGGGCAUGAAUGUAUGAAGAUCGUAUACUAACGCAACUGCUGACGAGAGAUCAUCAUCCUCCAUUUGGAUGCGCUCCUGGUUCCCGAAAGUCAAAAUUCAAGGUCACCCGUUCCGAUCACUCCAGCAUCCACUAGCAACGAGUGAAAGAUAGAAAGAGAGAGAGAGAGAGAGAGAGAGAGCGUUUCCCCUCCAUCAAGGCUCACACUCACACUCAGCCACUAUCGAUCAUUCCGAGUGUGAUAACAAGGAAAGCGAUACACAGAUAACUGAUUGGAAGGAUACUAGCAAAAAGGGGGUGGAGCUUCAGUAUCAAUUACAUCAACCAUGUAUAUAUAAAACCUAUUUAAGCUGGUUUUGAAGAAGACUGAUCCAAGCCAAGCUGAUGAAAGGUAUCCUCUUCUGAUGGCUGCUCUCCUGUGACUUUUCACAGAUUGUUUUCGUUGACUCUACGCGGCGGCACGGUUUGUAGAAAUCGUCUUCAGUUCCUUUGAAAUCCUUUCCUCGUGCGAGCGGAGCAGUACCGGUAUGGCAAACGUUGUAAAUCUCAUCUCAAAAAACAUACAUUUAUUUUAAACACAUUUGAUACGUAUU